AUGGACUCGUUGUCAACUGUCAUAGACUCGUCGUCGACUGUCAUGGACUGGUUUUCGCCUGUCCCUGGAGAGACUCCGCUCGUAUUUGUUCUUCGACGCGGAUUCACAGACGCACUGAAAGACAGUGGCAAGAAUCCGAUUUCCGUUCAAUUUCCUUCGGGAUAUGAACCACACACGGAAGACACUUUCUAUCGAAAAAAUGUAGUACCAGAAGAGAACUAUCACAUAAUUGGCGAGGGAAAGUAUUCGUAUGUGAUAGCCGCCAAACUCGAUUACAACCAUGUGGAGGGCAAGAACUCGGAUACAAAUUCAAAACCUAAUAUGAUGAAAGUCACGUGCAAACGCUAUGAUCUGGAGCAGCUGAACAAUACGUUCGAUGGCUACACAAGAAUCAGACGGGAGCUGCAAAUCUGUCGCUUGCACAGUCACGAGAAUAUCGUCGACUUUUACGAGGUGUUCACCGAGCCAGCUAUUGGUCCACCGACGUUUAUCUACGUUGUGUCCGAGAGGAUGGACCAUAGUCUAGCCGAGUAUUACGAGAUUUUGACAACCAAGAACAUAACAGAGGUCAACGUUCUUGACUUGGGCGCCCUUCUGACGCAAAUACUUCGAGCGCUCAGCUACCUCCAUCAGCGGGGAAUCAUACCUCGGAAUGUCUCACCAACGAACAUUGGCAUUAACACGAGAGAUUUCACGGUGAAGCUCUUCCAGUUCGGAUUGACUAGAGAAAUAAACGUGAAUCUCGAACAUUCGAUAAACGUCGAGACCUUGCACCACUACAAAGCUAUUGAGGUCCUCACACGGCAGCCAUACGAUAUGAAAAUCGACAUUUGGGCCGCAGCACUCGUUGCCAUCGAGCUGCUUGGCUUGAAGCUUUUCUGGCCGUCUGGCACGGAAAAAGAGGUUCGUCAUCGCGGCGUCGAGAACGCGAUCAUAGAUCGAGUUUAUGAGGUCCUCAAGUCGCUCGAAGUGGUGCUGAUAAACGAGACCAGGCGAACAAUCAAAGAUGAAGACCAAAGCGAAAUAACAGGCAAAAAUUUCCGUGAUUUGGUGACCGGGAUGCUGAAUCCCGAUCGUCAGAAGAGACUCAGUGCCGACGAGUGUCUAAAGCAUCCGUUUCUGAGGGCUUUCAAUAAAACCUAUCAAGAGAAGUCGGCUAGCAGUCAACCAAAAAAUGAAGAGCAACUCCGUGAACGCAAUGAGAACGACAAAAAGAUGGUCCUGGAAGAGCUGGAGGCUGGCCUGACUCAGCUGUCCUUUCGUCCAAAGCCAAUCAUGCCA